AUGUCAGACAGAAAUAGCUUGGUCCAGGGACAGUCUCAGCCUACGACCGUCGCGGUCGCAGACAUCAACAGCCGUGUUAAACGCGAAGCAGCUGAAGCGCAACUUUUAUUAUUGCAGCCAACGUCAGAUGACGAUUGCGGAAAAGUAUUACCAACAGCGCAAACGCACUCGGAGAAGUUGCCUAAUACUUGCAUUAAGGUGGAAACUUCAAAUGCGGUACUAACCUACUCUAUCAAAUCACCGAUUGCGUCUUCAGCGACGGCGCUUUCUGGGGACAGUUGUCCAGUUGGCCUGGAAUAUUCGACACCACGUUCUGAAAAUGUGACCAAACUGCCAGCUCAUAGUGAGUCGUUGGGAGAGGGAGCGUCCUCUCGACCCUCAGAAAAUGGGUCAAUGGAAGUACGCGAUGGACACAGCAUAGGGUCGACAGGCCCUGACAAAACAAUCGUAUCUCGUAGUUUGCCCCAAAGACCUCCGGAUAUGCACAGUCAGGUUGGUGGCAAAUCUAUUGUGGUUUACGGUCCACCCUUGGAGGAGUCGCGGAACGAAACUGGGAUCAGUAAUGCAAAUGGGUCUCUAAAUGGCCAAUCCAUCCUGUGUACAGAGGAUGUGAUUAUGAAGGUAGAUGUCGAUGUUGAAAAUGGUGACGAUGGCAAUCACGACGGCGAUCACGACAGUGAUAUGCUGUCUGAUAUUUCAGGUGGCGAAAAUGUACAGGAUGACCUUGAAGAAGCGUUUGGCGGUGACUUCAAAUUCAAAGGGCAAUACGCCUUUUCGAGCCCUCUACCACACGCUCCUAAUCCAGGCCUUUGUGUCGAUGGUCUUGGACUCAUAGGACUACCACUAAGCGAACGUGAUGCACAAUCUAUCAAACGUGCAUCUGCACAGGCACCCUUUGGUCACGGUGAGCGAACGAUAGUGGACAAACAAGUGAGAGAUACUUGGGAGAUCGAACCAGGGCGAGUCAAGUUCUUAAAUCCGGCUUGGCAGCAAUAUGUGGACAGUAUCGUGGUGGGGCAGGUGUGGACGACCUUGGGUGUCGCACCGUACACGGCUAUUCCAAGAUGUGAACUGUAUAAGAUGUUACUGUAUGAAACUGGAUCACAUUUUUUGCCUCACCGAGACACCGAGAAAGCCAACGGCAUGUUUGCUACUAUAAUCAUUGUCCUACCUUCUUUAUACAGUGGAGGGCAGGUUCAUGUCUCGCACGGGGCCUCAAAACAAAUCUUCGACUUGGCGUCUAGCUCUGCAUUCACCACUUCCCUGCUUGCAUGGUAUACAGAUGUCAUGCAUGAGGUCAAGCCAGUAGCGUCGGGAUACCGUCUAGCAUUGUCAUACAACUUGAUACACACCUCUACGGGGUUAGCUCCCUCUAUUCCAGAUAUGGAGAGCGCUACUUGGAAAAUCCGUCGAAUAUUCCCACAAUUUAAAUACAACGUCACUGGUGUGGCUGAUGAUUGUGGCUAUGGAAAUCAUGGAUGGAUGAAAAGAAGGCGCUGUGCUUACGAUUAUUAUGGGGAUUCUGAAUCUGAUGGCGGUACUCCCUCCAUGCUCGAGGAAACGGAGUCGAGUUUAUCAUUAAGCAAUGUGGUCGAUCUAUAUGGUCAACGCUAUCUCCGCAGCGGUGAUUUGUCGAUUGAAAUGGAAGACCUGAUCCCAUGUGACCCUUUUGAGGAUGUGGAGCCGGACGAUAAGGAAUACGAAGGAUAUAUGGGGAAUUAUGGAGGGACCGUCGAGCAUUGGUAUCGCCGCACGGUUUUGCUGCUUUUUCGCAGAGAAGAUGAGGAGUCUAUAAUCCUCAAAGCGCGAGGAUAUCCUUAUGCUCUUCAGAAGCUCGCAGGUGUCCAUGAACCCGCGGCUUCACACCGAAAGCUAGUCGAUUAUCUUAUGGAUCGUAUCACACCCCAUAACAAUGGCCUCGCCCGGUUCACGGUAGAUAUCGCUACACGUUGGGGAGAUAUUGCAUUGUGGAAGUCGAUCCUGGCUAAAUGUGGAGGGGAUAAAAAGGCUGGGGUCAUAGACAAUGAAAAGUUGGUUGCAGGGUUGAAGAAAUUUGGGUUUGAGAAUGUCAAAGUGAUCAUGACCCAGAUUGCUGCAGAAUGCUCAACUCUGAAGAACAGAACUGAAUUCAUAGAAUCUCUACGUCCUGGACCGUCUGACCCAGAACGACAAGUGGUCGAUAUUUGGUGCAAUGAACAGAUGUUGCACGCUCUUCAUAGUCUGAAAUUACCUGCGGUAUCUGACGUUCCCAUCCUCAUGGCAGCCGUUCUUCAGAGAGGGAUUAAGUUAUUCGCUGAAGUAAUUCUGCCGCAGCUUGCAAAAUUCACAUCGACAUUUGGCUUCUGGAUGUUGCUUAUACGAUCUCUGCAUAGCAAGGCAAAUGUACUUUGUAUAGGCGCUCCGGAACCUCCACCGGUUGCCCACGGCCAAAUCUCCUCACAAGCAGAUACACCAAAAACAAAUAGAGAUAUCUUCAUGAAAGCAUUUUCCCAGUGCAUUGACAUAGUCAUGCUACAAUGGGACGCUGUCGUUGCUCAACCGCCUUACCCAUAUUAUUCUCUUGAUAGAUCCGAUAUUUACUCCUCGAAUCGCGGCAAGGUGGCUCGUAUUGUCAACUUAAUAGACCUAUGUAUUUCCAUAGGCCAUGCCGGUGCCUGCGUACGGCUACUUGUGUUGGUGAUCAACGAACCCAAAGACUCCAUAGACGCGAAAUGCAAGACCAUACUCGAGCCCCUGGUCCCUGCGGUGCGAAACCUUCUCAGAACCUCAGGCAUCGACAUCUGUUCGCCAACAUUCAACGAGUUUUUCCGGCUCAUCGUGGCGACAUACUUAUUCCAUGUCCUUGGUGCACAACCAAAGAUAUCGAAGGCCCCGAAGCUUAGAAGGAUUGGUUGUGGAUGUCAGGACUGCAAUCUACUGGAUAGCUUUGUCAUGUCUUCAACCCAAUCACAAACAUUUUGGCUUGGACAAGCUCGACGGACACACCUAGGAAGGUACCUCAACUCAGCCAGAGAUUUAGUAAUAUACGAAACCGUCCGUACUGGGAGUCCGCAUGGUUUAGAGGUCACCAAGUCGAAAGAUGUUGUAGCAAUGACAAGAUGGCAUGAGCGUCAAACGAGCACGAAGACGUUCUUGGCGAGCAUUGGCAAUAAUGCAACCAUCCAGAAGCUCAUGGGCUCUCGCUAUGUGGAUAUCGGUAGAGCGCUCAACGGAACUCAAAGUUUUGAACUCGGUAACAUUUUCGCCACGAGUGGAGCAUCGUCAAGCAUCAGUGUGGCCAUGUCAAAUCUAACGGCCCCUUUUGCAGCACAUACGCCAAAUCGAGAUCCUUUGUCUUUUGUCUCAGCACCAGCUGUGGCGUCCGGAGUGGCUCAACCACUUUCGUCUCAUGCAUCCACAGGCACCGCUCCCACCGCAUCAUCGUCAUCACCAGCAGUCACAGGGAAAAGGAGAAGAAGAAAGGCCACGAUCUCUACUACAGACGUGAUUGACUUGACUUGA